AUGCCCGAACAAAGCGCGUACGAUAUACAGCCUUGGGUUUUUAACUGCUGUACAGUGAAAAGCAGUCCCGGGGAAGUAGGACACUGGGAGGUCAUACCGGCGGUAUCAACUGUAUGGAUUUAUCAGCAUCGAAAGUACUUCUUCUUAACCGGAUCGGAUGAUAGAACUGCUCGGAUCUGGAACAUCAACACAUAUGAAUGCACUGUUGUCCUUGAGGGCCAUUCUGGUUACAUCAGCUGCUGUAAAAUGUGGGAAAACCAAUUUGCCCUUACUGGUAGCUUCGACAAAACUAUACGAAAAUGGAACCCAGUUUCCGGGAAUUGCGUGAUGAAACUGGACGGGCACAGCGGUACAGUGAACCGACUACUUGUACAAGACGAAAAUCUUUUCACCACCUCCUACGAUAGUUUGGUAAUGUGUUGGAACUUACGCAGUGGCGAAGUCUGCCACGUUUUUAAAGGCCACAGUAAAAGCGUUCUCCCCAUAUGCUACGUACAUGGGAGUCAAUUAGAAAGUGGAAACGACAACAGUGUCGGUGGCAUUGUGACAGGAUCAAUGGACAACACAGCUCGGAUGUGGGACGUUGGGAGCGGGAGUCAACUCCGCUCCUUCCGAGGACACAAAGGAGCGGUUCUGUGCUUGGUCGUCGAUGCAGAAAAAAAGCUUUUGUUUACAGGUUCAAGCGACAACACAAUAAGGAAAUGGAAUUUAUCCAGCGGUGAAAUCCUGAAAACUUUCAAAGGACAUGAAGGAUCUGUAAUUUGUUUACAGUUGAGCAACAGACUCCUUUAUAGCGCGAGCGUCGACUCUACAGCUCGGUGUUGGGUUGCAGAAUUCGGUGACACAACUAGAAAAUACGUUGGCCACGAACAUAUGAUAUCCGACAUGAAGUACCAACGAGGAAUUGUUUUUACGGCUUCUGGGGACAGCUGCGUCCGAGCUUUUGACUCAAAAUCGGGACAUUUAAAAAGAACUUACCGAGGGCACAAGUAUCUUGUCAACUGUCUUAUGACAUUAGAAGAUACAUUAUUAAGCGGAUCUUACGAUGGCAGUAUCAAAAUAUGGAACACGAAAGAUCUGUUGAAGGAUCACGUCACAGAAGACAUGUCCUCUCCCGGUAACUCUGUCGCUUCGUUAAGAAAUCGAAAUGAUUCCAUUGACACGCCUGCUACUGCAAAUACUGAACCCAGAGAAGUAGACAGCAAUACUGAUAACUUAAUGCUAGAAGACAGUGUAAUGAGUAAAAUAAAAAGCAAAGUAAACAAUGAACGUGAUCAUGGCGCAAGAAAAGAAACAAGUUAUAGAAAAACAAGACGCAAUCGUAAUGCUCGUGUCGUGCCGACAAACGAGUCCGAAUCUAACAUUAACAACAACAACAACAACUUUGAUGAUAUGUUGAAACCGACAUCUAAUGAAGAAUCUACAGAAGCUUACGCCAUACCUUCUUCAAGCCAAUCUUCAAGACCGGAUAAAUUAUGGUCCAAUUCUCCGCGCCGGAGUUUGCCGCAAUCAUCUCAAGGCAACAGGUCUGAACUAAGCCACGUAGACGAGCAAAAUCAUAUGAUCGGUGCCGAGACUUCAUCUGGUACAAGCGGGUACCGAAGCAGUGAGAGUCUUGCUUCGUCUCCCAUAACGUCACAUAACGACGAAGUGUUAACGAGGUUUAAGUCCAAGAAAAAAGGUUCGGUUUCCUUCUCUCCAUCUCUUUCCAUGACAUCGGGUACAAUACAUGACUGGCAGUUUGAUUACCAAAGCCCCACAAGCCCGAUCAAAGCCCAAAAUAAACAAUCAAAAAACACGAGAACUGAAAACGAACGCAAGCAGCUGGAAAGGGAAAUUUUAGACAUGGUAUAAUUUCAUUUCCAA